AUGGGGCUAUUUAUACCAUCCAAGGGGAAAAAGUACAUUCUUGUUGCAGUUGAUUACGUGUCAAAAACAGCCUACAAGACAUCCAUUGGCACAUCUCCAUACAAGCUAGUUUUCGGUAAGGCGUGUCGUCUACUAGUUGAGAUUGAGCACAGAUCUUAUUGGGCGAUCAAAAAUCUGAACUUAGACUUGGUACAAGAUGGUGAAAAGCGUUUGUUGCAGCUGCACGAGUUUGAUGAAUUUCGCCAUUAUGCAUAUGCGAAAGCAAAAAUGUACAAUGAGCGAACAAAGAGAAUACACGAUAAGCGCAUCCAACCUUGUGAGUUUGAUCCUGGGCAGUUAGCAUUGUUGUAUAAUUCUCGGCUGAAGGUGUUCCGCGGGAAAUUGAAGAGUAAGUAG